AUGCAAGUUCGAGAUAUCCCCUCGGCCGAAAUUGAAUCAAUGGCCAAUCUCAUCCCGUCCCCUCAAUUCCCUCAGUCCCCGCAGCCCUCAGAGGUGACGGGCCUCAUCAGGCGGAGACGGAGGCAAAAGCAUCGCAACAGUCCUUCCGCCAUCUUACUAGGACGAAAUCUAGAACCCCUGCCACGAACCCCGGAUUCGCCGUCGACCCCAACUCCCGAUGCCGAGAGUGUCGGCCGUAAAAGACCAGCCAGCUUGCUUCGGGAGGGCGCCCUCCUUCGACCUGCACGCUCACCCAGCAGUACUUGGUUUGGAACGUCAUCGCUCUACUUCUUCAUCCAUCGUCUUGGGGUAUUCCUCAGUACCGAGGUUGAACACGACCAGCCCGAUCAUAUGCUUCUACGCUCAGGACGGAGCGCCCCACCGGGUAGCCGCUUACCAACUGUUGUCGGUGACGCUUCUCGUCUUCUGAGACCUCUUGCCGACCAUGCCAGCCGAGGAGUUUAUUUGAACUCCAUUCAGGAAGAAUUCUUCGUCAAUUUGUUCUGGCAGACAUAUCACACCUCAGUUUUCGCCAUCGUCAACGAAGCCGAGUUCAAGAAAGCAUAUCAAGCACUGUACGUGGACGUGCCACCGGGUCAUGUUCGAAAGCCCUCGGCAUUGGUCGAUAUCGUUGUCGCCAUGUGCAUGCAGUAUGGCGCAUCUACUAUGCCCUCCGGCUGUCAGGGAAGGAUUGUGGAAGACAAUGACUCAACUAUUGCUGGCCGAUGGCACUAUCGACGUGCACAGGCUUUGCUGGCGGGCGAAAUGGAAAGCCCGACAAUAUCAACGUUGCAAUGCCACCUGCUGUCGGCCCUAUAUGUUUGCGGCGCGUCGUUCCACAACAUGGCGGACAACAUCGGCGGUCUUGCGGUGCGCACAGCCUACAUGCUCGGUCUUCACAUAGAUCCUUCACCGACAAUGGCGGAAGCGGAACGUCAACACAGAAGACGACUUUGGUGGGCCGUCUACCUUCUGGACAGUAAAAUCGGAAUGAAGCUGGGCCGCCCUUUUCUGCUCCAUAGCAGCUCACACGCCAUGCCGCAACUUCCCGAUGACCAGCUUGGGACUUCCGUCUUGUCGGGUUCGACUUUUGCGCCUAUUGCGAGCAACGCGACCUGGUUGAGCUUCAGUCUUCACCAGUUGAACCUAUUCAGAACAGUGCGGGCAGCUCACACAGCGCUGUACAGUCAGGACUAUGGCCUCACAGUUGACAAGACAAUGUGGGACGAUGCUUCGUCCCUGGAAAAGGCGGCAUGUCAGCUAUCUUCUCAUACACUCGCCCUCGACAAAUGGGCCGAAAAUGUGCCCGAUGCGCUCAAGACCCACCGCGAGACACAGGGCUGCCCACUCUCAACUGACGGCACGGCACUCAUUUUUGAGCAAUACGCACCUCUCUGGCUCCAAAGACAACGGCUGCUUCUGGAACUGGAGUACCAUCACAUGUGCGGGAACCUCUUUCGCCCCUUUGUCUCUUUCGGCUCGGAGCCAUCGCAAGGCAGUCUGGCCGAGGCCAUGGCCAUCAGAAGCGUCGAUCAUGCCAUUGCGCUGUCAAAGAUCACCCUGCAGGCACUUUCGUCCACCGCCAUUUUGGAUGGAUGGCACGAAGCCUUCCAAUGGCAGUGGAAUGCGGCCAUCACUUUGGCCGGGUUCAUACUUGCCUCGCCAAGUCAUCCUUCCGCAUCACCAGCUAGAAAUGCUCUCGACCUCACAUUAUCCGUUUUUGAUACUUUCGGGGCAAGCUUUGGAACUGCGGCGAACGCCGCAGUUGUCGUCCGCAUGCUCUGUGAGAAGAUUGAUAUUGCGGCAUCCAUGUCCCGCUCAAAUGCUAGCUGGGACGCAUCUGAAGCUGCAUCUAACGAUGUACCAACUGGCCAUGGAGACUCUUCCACAGGCGACGGGUUCCCAGACAGAAUGGUUGAUGGGUCGAUGGAUAGUCUUUCUACCUUCGGGGGACAAGGAUUUGACUUCCUGCAACUGGCUGUUGGCGUAGAUUCCUGGGCCGACAUGGGCAUGUUUGGGCUAGGCGAUCUAAGUCUGCCGGUUGAAGUGUCUACGCAGGGUAACAACUGA